UUGAAGAUGAAGACCUUGAAAAGGAUCUUCCAAGAAGAAAGGAGGAACUAAAGCCAGGGCUUACGGAAGAUACUCAUCCUGCAGAAUUCGAUGCGGCUGCGCCGCGUCCGCGCAGUCACAAAAAUGACACGGGUUCUAGUACCGGAAAAAGACGACGACCCCUUCCUCGUAGUAUUCCACCAGAGUUAGAGCAACAUCGUUUGAGCAUAAACGCUUUUCCACAGGCUAUAUUAGAACGUAGGAACAACACGAACAUAAGAAACAUCACAAAGACAACCUCAAGGCUGAACCGUCGUGACCGGUUUUUUCGUGAGAUGCACACUGCAGACCUGUACGCAUCGAAGGAGAACAAUGCCUCAGGUCAGAGACUCCGGAUUUCAGAGAGAGUCCACAACAGCAACGAGGAGCAACUGGAAUUGGUUCAAUCAGCAUCCGACCAAGUUCGGCACUCUCUUACCGGCUGGAGCGCAGAGCGUAUUCGAAGACGUGAAUUGAGAGCGCGGACGAGAAGAGAACAGGAUUUGAUGGACCAAGAAGAAGAAGAAGCCGAAGGCCUUGAUUUGGCGGACAACCAAGGAAAACUGGCAUCAUCGACGUCCUCCAAUGGUCGUGCAUUGAAUGCUAAUCAGAAGAGCAAGAAUCCGUAUCAGAUGAAUCAUGCAAUAUCUUCAACUUCAACUACUUCAACAGGGGACAAGGACACCAAGAACAUGAUGAGGCACCCACACUCUACUUCUGGUGGACGAGGUCUUGAUGCUCGACCUCCGGUUGAGGUGGCGAAGUCGAAUAUUUGGUGUUGUUGCAUCCGUGGACGACAUAGGAGAUACUUCCCACACGCUGAGGAGCUCGCAGAGCAACAACUGGCGAUCCCCUCCGUGCAAAGGCGACACAGCUACCGUAUUCGUGGCUCCCUCAUCGAACGUCUUGAUUCUGUCCUGGAAACGCCUGAAGGAGAUCUUCGUGCGUUACAUUCGUCUACAAGAACUGGUGAGAACAUCAAAAAUGAGGACCACAAGAAGACAGCGACAGCGUCAAUUAUAGCAGAUCAUUCGUCACCAGGAAAGGGGAUCGUCGACGAAGCAACUACCAGUACUAGGGGAAGAAUAUCACGCCCACCGCCACCAGACGAAGAUGAGUUUUGGUUUGUGCGUGUUGUUCUGGCCCUCUCUCAAGCGACUCAUCCAGACUACCCGCUGACGAUUUACAACAUGAGUUGUGAAAUAGGAAAAGACGCCCGAAACGGAAUCGCGCAUGCUAUCACUGUGUUGCUGCAGGACCUAAACAAAGUGAAAAAGGUGCCAAUCCAAGUUUUUGCUGCUCGUGACUCCUUGGCGCCACGCUUGCCAAACGAACUGCCUGUGCCCGUGCUUGAAUUCGAGACCGGGAGCUCUUUCGUGUCCGAGUCGGCAGCGCAUCGUUGGAAGUUUCAACAAAACACGAGCGCGCCUACGUCUGGCACAGCCGGCGCUUAUGGCACAGUAAGGGGAGGCCCUAGACGAGGUGGAGCCGCAGACACUCAGCUUCUCGGUACAACCCCGACUCCAGAACAGGUGAAUCCGUAUCGCUUCGUCGUCCGCCAUGCAUAUUGUCGAAAUCCCAAGAAGGUGAAAGCCCUGCCGUACGGUCGGGUGAGUAACUAUGCUUCCAUCGACGGUGAUGAGAUCGUGAAAAACUUCGAUUACACAAUGGUCCGGUACUUGAUCAACGACCGCAACGAGAUGGAUUACCACUAUUGCCGGCAUUGAUAAGCCAUAACAAGUAGGUACAUGGCGAACUACCCAAGAAUUCUGACUUUUUGUAUUUGGAGAUGGCUGCGCCCACAGUCACCCUUCUCCUUUUCACCUUGUGAGUGUGUAUUGCCAAAACUAGGUUUUUCUAAGGCUAUGAUAUAUUUGUAUUUGAUUACUUACAUACUCACCUCGCGCCAGAGCCAUUGUGAUUCAUCGCCACACACUCC